GAUUAGGCGCUCGCACCAUUCAGUUUGAGAAAAACUGGGAGUGAGUCGGAAAGUUCAUUUUAAAAAAUUGUUUACAAUUUCUUGUGUGUAUAAAGAGAGGAUAAACAAGAAUUACGUACACCAGCCAUGGGUUAACGUCCUCGUGUUAAAAAAAACCGCCUUAAAGCCUAAAAAUGCAUUUGUGCAAAUUAGUGAGGUUAUCUCCCCUGUAAUCCAUCGGCUGUUUUUCCGAAAACACACGCCGACAAUGCUGCCUCUCGUCGAAUACGGCAAAGAGUUUUGCCAAAAGCUCACCCAAAUCAAACUGUCUCGAAUCGUCAUCAUGGUCUUCAUAAUUUUAAUUCUAACGCCUCUUUUUACCCACUUUUACCUCUCAAACAUUGAGCGGAGCUCGAACCACAUCACACACAACGCUCACUCACAUAUUGACCUCCCUGAAGACCUCAACGCCAUGAAAGAGCCAGAUCUGCGAAUCGGAGUUGAGGAAUUAAUCCGAAUUAAAGGCUCAGUCCUGAGCGAAUUGCGAGACAUGGAACGCAAACGGCAAAAACUCCUCUUGGAAAUCCAGUCUUACACAAAAAACAUCGAAGAAUUGAAACAAGAACUCGUCCACCAACAAACCAAUCUCAACCGCUUGAAAAUCUCAGUGGAACAAGCUGAGGUAGCCCAACGGGAAGCCCUCCAACAAAACACCCCCGACCUAGCGCUCCCGAAACGCCUAACCGCCGACGAAAUCCCCCCAAUCCUCCCGUCACUCCCGCCGUCCCAGAUCAAAUUCUGCCGGAUGUUUUCCUGUUUUGACCACUCACGGUGCUCCCUAACUUCCGGGUUCCCGGUCUAUUUAUACGACCCGGACCAGUUCCCGGUCAUGAACGACGGUUGGGACGUGGACGGUUUCCUCAAAACGACACUGAAGCAGACGCUGGGGUACAACCCCCACCUGACGAACAACCCCAAAGAGGCGUGCGUUUUCGUGGUUUUGGUCGGGGAGGCGUUGAAAGACGUGGAUGACGUCAGCGAGAACGUGGGGAAUCACCUGAAUCUUCCCCCGUUGGACUCCAACGCCUUGAAGCAGCUGCCGUAUUGGGGCGGCGACGGCCGCAACCACGUUCUGCUUAAUUUAGCCCGCAGGGACCUCACGGCGGUCUCUGGGGACGUUUUUUCCUCAGUCGAUACUGGCAAAGCCAUCCUAGUCCAGAGCACUUUCUCGUCCCAGGUGUUCAGGCCUGGCUUUGAUUUGAUCGUGUCGCCGGUUUUGGGGCCCCCGGGGGGCGAUGUGUGGCAAGAGUGCCCCCAAAUGUUGCCCGCGCGCCGCAAAUACCUCCUAACGUUUCAGGGCGAAGUUAAAAGUAACAAUAACCGGACGCCUAACCCCUCACAUGGGGACGACGCCGACUUGGAUCGGGAGCACGCCGAACUCGAUAAAUUCGUAAUCGAACAUUUAAAAGAUCUGGCGAAAACCAACACUGCCGACAAGUUCCUGUUUGAAUUCGAGUGCGUCCCGGCUAGCGACGAUAACGUUAAUAUUGGACCCCAAGACUGGGCCUUGUGUGGCACUGAUAGCUCACGCAGGACCGUGUUAAGGGACUCCACUUUUGUGCUUAUUUUCGCCCCAACGUUCCCCGAUUUGGUCACAACGACGCUGUUACAGGCCCGGAUUUACGAGGCUUUGCGUUGUGGGGCCAUCCCUGUGAUUUUAGGGGGCGACCAGAUCCAAUUGGCUUAUGACGAAGUGAUCCAGUGGCGUAGAGUAGCAAUUUUUUUGCCAAGAGCGCGAAUUACAGAAUUACAUUUUUUGUUGCGGGCAAUCCCCGACGAAGACGUUUUGUUGAUGAGACGUCAGGGGCGGCUCGUGUGGGAGCGCUACUUGGCCUCAGUCCAAAGCACACUUGAUACGAUCGUCGCAGUGCUCCGUGAUAGGCUGAAUAUUCCACCAAUCCCCAUAGACACAGUCGCGGCCAUCUCUGUGUUUAAUGAAACUUUCCAGCCGAUUCAAGUGACAGUUCCGGUGGAAACGGAACAAGAGGAGAGUUUGGGGCCCCUGGAGCCCCCUUAUAAUAGUCCCGCGUUUCGCCGAAACUACAGUCUGGGGUUAACACAAGGACACGAGAUGUGGAACGACUGGGGGGACCCUUUCCGGUUGUAUCCAGCCCUCCCGACUGACCCCCUCCUGCCCUCAGACGCCAAGUUUAUGGGGUCAGGGCGGGGCUUCCGUCCGAUUGGUCAAGGUCAAGGGGGCGCAGGCAAGGAAUUUUCGGAAGCGUUAGGCGGUAACAGCCCCCGGGAGCAAUUCACAGUGCUCCUACUAACCUACGAACGCGAGCAAGUCCUGCUUGAUUCAAUUGCCAGGCUUCGGGGGCUGCCGUACCUCAACUCGGUCGUAAUCGUGUGGAACUCUCCACGGCCCCCUAGCGCGGAGCUCCGCUGGCCCGACAUUGGGGCCCCCGUUCAUGUCGUCAAAGCCGCCCGUAAUUCGCUCAAUAACCGCUUUCUCCCCCUUGAUAAUCUCCAGACCGAGGCGAUUUUGUCGGUCGAUGACGAUGCCCAUUUACGACACGAUGAAAUUCUUUUCGGGUUUAGGGUUUGGAGGGAGCACAGGGAACGCAUUGUGGGGUUCCCCGGACGUUACCACGCGUGGGACAUCAACACGCAGAACAGCUGGUUGUACAACUCGAACUACAGCUGCGAGUUGAGUAUGGUUUUGACGGGGGCGGCGUUUCUGCACAGACAUUACUUGCAUUUGUACUGGAAAUGGUUGCCUCAAGCGAUCAGAGAUAAAGUUGACGAGUACAUGAAUUGUGAAGAUAUAGCGAUGAAUUUCCUGGUAAGUCAUAUAACGAGGUUGCCGCCGGUUAAAGUCACUUCGAGGUGGACUUUCCGGUGCCCCGGCUGUCCGCAAAGUCUCUCCGAAGAUGACACGCAUUUUCAGGAGAGACACAAAUGUAUUAAUUUUUUCUCGCAAGUGUUUGGGUACACGCCGUUGCUUAAUACCCAGUAUAGAGCCGACUCGAUUCUGUUCAAAACGCGUAUACCACACGAUAAGCAAAAGUGUUUCAAGUUUAUUUAGGCAGUUGUGUUUUAUACGGACUUUUUAUUUAUUUUAAUUUAAUGACCGGAAAUGCAGGCCACUAAUUUAAUAAAUAAUUAAUUUGGUUUUGUUACACUGGCAAACCCAUCUAUUUAAAAUAAUUGUGAUUUUAAAAACUAGCACCGUGGGCAGUUUUAUAGCGAAAUUUUAUAGGAAUCUGUAACCGAGAACAUUUAAAUGUCAGUGAUAUUUAAAAAUGUAACGUGCCAUUCUCUUUUUAAUUGUAAAUACCUCUCUAUUUACUUUUUUUUUAUUGUACAUACGUCAUUUUUUAUUAAACGAUUAUAUUAU